UUAUAUCUCCGGCGCGUAAAUCCUCUCCGCGGAGCCCCUGCGUUUGCAAAAUGAGCGAUAGGGCCGCCCCUGUGAUACUUUCCGAUGAAAUCGAAGAGCAUUUGAUCGAAUCCUUCGAUCGAACGGCCGCCCUGCAAGGAAGAUGGGCUUACCUGUUGAUGUCCCUUUACAUUAUGAACGCUGAAAGCCUUAGCUCUUCAUUGGGGUUCGAUUUGUACCCCUACCUGUGGUUCAACAUGUUGUACGGGUUUGCUGUGUUGUUGGUCAACAGACCAACGUUCACCCCGGUAAAAAUCAUCCCCAGGGUGACCGUUUCGAUCUUGGGCUCCCUGAUGUUCAACCACGCCACCAUGAACUGUUUCAAGUGGUUGUCCAGCUACAGUCUCGGCGGGCCGUACGCGAGGGCCUUCUGUGGAUUCAUCUGUGGUCGAAUCAUGAUGGUGCACUUCCAGGCUUUGCUCUACCAUCUGGACACCCGAACAACCAUACCCGGGGUGCUAGUUUUAAGAGACAUCGCCUUUGAACAAAUGUAUAUGCGAUCUCAUUUUCGCCAAUAAAUAAAUUCAAAAAC